UCCAUAUAUUCGUGUAUAAAAGUUUGUUUGAUAUUGUGCUCGCAUAGUACGAUGAAUCAACAACAUCGAUCGAUGUGCUAUUUAACCAGCUAAGCUAGAUAGAUAGCCUCCGUGUUUGUUUCCGGUGAGAGAAAUCAAGAGAUGGGUGGCCACGUCAUCGUGUGGAUAUUGCUCUCGGUGUGCUCAUGGCGGAUUUCAGCUGCUCAGGCUCAGCAACCACCAAGAACCGAUCCUGUAGAAGUGGCGGCGCUGGAGGCGAUCCUGGGGAGAUGGAACAAGACCAAUUCGCCGGUGUGGAGCAUGAGCGGCGAGCCAUGCCGCGGCGUCCCCGUCGACGGCGUCACCGGCCUCGACGGCAACCCCAAGAACAACCCCGGCAUCAAGUGCGACUGCUCCUACAUCAACGGCACCGUCUGCCAUAUCACCCAGCUGAAGGUAUACGCCUUGAACGUUGUCGGUCAGAUACCUGCAGAAUUACAGAACCUCACCUACCUAAAUUACCUGGACCUGGAUCAAAAUUACUUGUCAGGCCCCAUACCAUCAUUCAUAGGGCAAUUGACUGCCUUGACAGAAUUGCAUGUGGGAUUCAAUGCACUCUCAGGACCAAUUCCGAAGGAACUUGGGAAUCUCACGAACCUCAACUUGCUAGGCAUCAGUUUGACCAAUUUUACUGGUCAACUUCCUGAAGAAUUGGGCAACCUGACCAAACUUCAACGAUUGUACACUGAUAGUGCUGGCUUGAGUGGUCCAUUCCCUUCAACGUUCUCAAAGCUUAAGAACCUGAAGCUCCUGCGGGCAUCAGAUAACGAUUUUACAGGAAAAAUACCUGAUUAUAUUGGGAGCUUGACUAAUUUGGAAGAUCUGGCUUUCCAAGGAAAUUCUUUUGAAGGACCGAUUCCGGAAAGUUUGUCUAAUCUAACCAAAUUGACAACCUUACGGAUUGGAGAUAUUGUAAGUGGGAGCUCUUCAUUUGCCUUUGUCAGUAGUCUGACGUCUUUGAAUAUCCUUGUAUUGAGGAACUGCAGGAUAUCUGGAGACCUUGGAGCAGUAGACUUUUCAAAGUUCACAAAAUUAGCCUUCCUGGACUUGAGUUUUAACAAUAUCUCGGGCAAAGUUCCUCAAUCAAUUCUGAAUCUACAAAUGCUUACAGACCUGUUUCUUGGGAACAAUAGCCUAACCGGAGGACUGCCAGAUGGGAUAAGCCCUUCACUAAAAAACUUAGAUUUUUCAUACAACCAGCUCACUGGAAGCUUUCCCUCCUGGGCUACCCAGAACAACUUGCAAUUGAAUUUGGUGGCAAACAACUUUGAUCUUGGCAGCACCAACAACGGUAUUCUACCUCCAGGGCUAAACUGCCUCCAGAAAGACACUCCAUGUUUACGAGGUUCUCCAGAAUAUUAUUCCUUUGCGGUAGACUGUGGUAGUAACAGAUCUAUCAGAGGCUCAGAUAAUACUAUGUAUGAAUUGGAUUUCACAGACCUUGGCAGCUCAUCAUAUUACGUUACCAGUGAAACAAGAUGGGGUGUUAGCAAUGUAGGAAAAUAUUUCCAGUCUCCAAAUGACAGUAAGAUCAUAUAUAGCAAUGAGAAGAUUCAGAAUGCAGUGGUUUCAGAACUACUCCAAACUGCAAGGAUGUCACCAUCGUCUCUGAGAUACUUUGGCCUUGGACUUGAGAAUGGAAAUUACACUGUUCUGCUUCAAUUUGCAGAGUUAGGUUAUCCAGACUCACCAACUUGGAAAAGCUUAGGAAGGAGAGUUUUUGACAUAUAUAUCCAGGGUGACCUAAAAGAAAAGGACUUCGAUAUAAGGAAGAUGGCUGGUGGAAAAUCUUUCACUGCUGUUUACAAGAGUUACACGGCAACUGUGUCGAAAAACUUCCUCGAAAUCCAUCUGUUCUGGGCUGGAAAGGGCACUUGUUGCAUUCCUAUUCAAGGUUACUACGGGCCAUUGAUCUCAGCAUUAAGCAUCACUCCAAAUUUUACUCCUACUGUGCGAAACGGUGUACCCAAAAGGAAAAGUAAAGUAGGUGCAAUUGCUGGAAUAUCGAUUGGUGCCUCAGUUGUAGGAUUAGCAGCCCUAUUUGGAAUAUUUAUGUUCAUAAAGAAGAGAAGAAGACUUGCACAACAGCAAGGAGAACUGUACAACCUAGUUGGACGGCCUGAUGUCUUCAGUAAUGCUGAACUCAAGUUAGCUACAAAUAAUUACAGUUCCCAAAACAUUCUUGGGGAAGGUGGAUAUGGACCAGUCUAUAAGUUCUUCCUUUGGCAGGGUAUGCUACCUGAUGGAAGAGUUAUAGCUGUAAAACAACUUUCUCAAUCAUCCCAUCAGGGGAAAAACCAGUUUGUGACAGAGGUUGCAACAAUUUCUUCUGUGCAACACCGGAAUCUUGUCAAAUUGCAUGGUUGUUGCAUUGACAGUAAUACACCUUUGUUAGUUUAUGAGUACCUUGAAAAUGGAAGCCUAGAUCAAGCACUCUUCAGGAAGAAUAGCUUAAAACUGGACUGGGCAACUCGCUUCGAGAUCAUUUUAGGAAUCGCAAGAGGACUAACUUAUCUUCAUGAGGAGUCAAGUGUGCGCAUUGUGCAUAGGGACAUCAAGGCCAGCAAUGUCCUACUUGACACCGACCUCACCCCAAAGAUAUCAGACUUUGGACUCGCUAGGCUCUAUGAUGAGAAGAAGACUCAUGUCAGCACGGGGAUUGCGGGCACAUUUGGUUAUCUGGCUCCUGAGUAUGCAAUGAGACGUCAUUUGACUGAAAAGGUUGAUGUUUAUGCAUUCGGGGUGGUCGCAUUAGAGACUGUCGCUGGUCGAUCGAACACUAAUAACUCCAUCGAGGAAAGCAAGAUCUAUCUUUUAGAGUGGGCCUGGGACCUGUACGAAAAGGAGCAAGCACAAAGAAUCGUUGAUCCAAGACUUGAGGAUUUCAAUAAAGAUGAAGUUCUCAGAGUCAUUCAUGUUGCGCUCCUCUGCACACAGGGCUCACCAAAUCAGCGACCGCCAAUGUCGAGGGUCAUGGCAGUGCUCACUGGAGAUGCUGAGGUAGUUGAGAUGGUGACGAAACCGAGCUACAUCACUGAGUGGCAAUAUAGAGAUGGAAACAGCACCAACUCAGAAUCUACCACCUCAGAGUUCAGCAGGCAGAAGGAGAUCGACCCUCUCACCAUGUCGCCAACAAUCACCGGAUCUAGUCAUGAUGGAAGGUGAAUGCUGCAACCUGCAGGUGAUCUUGGUUUGAAAUGAUUGUAUGUAAAUGUAAGACGGAGCUAAUAGUGGAACUUAAUUAUUCUGAAGUAUGUAUGAUGAUAAAAGUAUUUACUCCUUGUAAUUUGUAACAGGUCAAAUAGAGUAGUAUCCUAGUAUAUAUCUUAGAAAUUAAUCAACGUAUUCGCAUGUUUAUGAGCACAUUCUGCAGCAAAAUAGUAAAAACUGUCCAUGAAAUUUGUUGGCUGGAGGACAACUUCAUGGGUUCAUAGGCA